GGCAAGAAAACCAGAAAUUCUCAUCAAUGGUCGGCAAACAAAAAGGAGGCCAUCAAGAACAAGAACCGUUCACCAUUCUAAUCCACCGCUUUCCCGCAUUCAACUUGUUCUUUUGUACUAGUCUGCGGGAACACUACCGUUUGCUCGACCCCCAUAACUCGCCGGAGGAAUCCGUUCACUCAUACCUCUCCCGCGAGGCUCAGAAAGUGCGUGCGCUUGUCUGCGUGGGCCACACGCCUCUCAAGUCUGACGUUCUGGGGCUUCUACCUUCCCUCGAGCUUGUGGUGGGCUCUAGCGCUGGAGUUGAACACAUUGACCUCCCAGAGUGUCGCCGAAGAGGGAUCGCCGUCACGAACGCUGGCACAGCCUUCUCAGAGGAUGUCGCUGACUGUGCUAUCGCCUUGCUGAUUGACGUUCUCCGCCGAGUAUCCUCCGGUGAUCGGUAUGUUCGCUCUGGGUUGUGGCCUAAGUGUGGACAUAUUGCUCUAGGUUCUAAGUUGGGAGGAAAACGUAUUGGGAUCAUCGGACUGGGAAAUAUUGGUUCUGAAAUUGCAAAAAGGCUACUGGCAUUUGGGUGCAGCAUUGCCUACAACUCAAGGAAGAAGAAGGUUUCGGUCCCAUUCCCUUUCUAUGCAAAUGUCCGCGACCUUGCUGCUAACUCCGACGUUCUGGUUCUUUGUUGUUCACUGACAAAUGAGACUUACCAUAUAAUCAACACGGACGUAAUGAAAGCAUUGGGAAAGGACGGGGUGGUGAUUAACGUUGGACGCGGUGGUCUUGUCGAUGAGAAGGAACUGGUGAGAAGUUUGGUUGGUGGGGAGAUUGGCGGUGCUGGUUUAGAUGUGUUUGAGGAUGAGCCUGAUGUGCCAAAAGAGUUGUGUGAAUUAGAUAACGUGGUGCUGUCUCCUCAUGCUUCUGUCCUGACCCCAGAAUCAUUUGAAGCAUUGCAUGAUACGGUCUUAGCCAACUUGAAUGCAUUCUUUUCAAACAAACCUCUGGUAUCGCCUUUCCCAAAUGAAUGAAGGGGCAAGCAGUCUUCAUUUGCAA